CAGCCUGGGUGACAAAGCCAGACCCUGUCUCAAAAACAAAAAAAGGGAGGCCCCCAGCCCUCCGCCGCUGUGCUCCUGGCCGGAAGCCUCAAGGGGAGCGCAUGUAGGGCGGGGGGCCUCAUGAAUAAUUGAGGGUCUCAGGCGACCGCCCCGCAGAUGUCGCCCCGCCGCGGGCAGGGAGGGGGCGGCAAUGACAUCACUUCCUCCCUUCGGGGCCGCGUGGGUUAUAAGGCGCUGCAGUCCCGGUCCACACAGCUCCGUGGACCCGUCGGAUGCCCACCAUGCUGCCCCAUGAGCCCGCCUCCCUGCUGCUGCUGCUGCUGCCGCUUCUGCUGGGAGCAGCUGACCCGCUGUCUGGCAGAGGUGGUCACAGAGGUGCUGACCGUAGGCCAGGUCCAGAGAGGACCCUGCACGGCUCUUCUCCACAAAGAGAUGUGCGGAACAGAACCCCACGGCUGCACAUCCACCGAGGAUAAAGGCCUGCUGCUUGGGGAUUUCAAGAAGCAGGAGGCUGGGAAGACGAGGUCCAGCCAGGAAGUGAGGGAUGAGGAAGAGGAGGAGAUAGCAGAGAGGACCCACAAGUCCGAGGUCCAGGAACAAGCCAUCCGAGAGCAAGGGCACCGCCAGCUCCACCGGGAGGAGGACGAGGAGGAGGAGGAGAAGAUGGAAGAGGAGGAGGAGGAGAGGAAGAAGGGGCCCCUGGAGACCUUCAGUGACCUGUGGCAGCACCAUCUAGAGAAUGGAGGGGACCUCAAGAAGCGGGUGGCAGAGAAGGCCAGCGACGAAGAGACGGCCCAGUUCCAGGCAGAGGAGAAGGGGGCUCGAGUGCUGGGCGGGGACCGCAGCCUGUGGCAGGGGGCCGAGAAGGGCGGAGGAGAGAGGCACGAGGACUCGCCACGCCGCCACCACCACCACCAGCAGCCAGAGGCUGAGGCCAGGCAGGAGGAGGAGGCGGCGGCUUUGGAGAGGGAGCAGGAACAGGAGGUGGAGCGGCUGGAGCACUUGAGAGACGAACUGAAGAAGGUAACGGAGACGCUGGGGGAGCAGCUCAGGAGGGAGGGCUGACCCCUGCCUUGUGCCCUCCUUCCUCCCGACACACCCUGUGGCUUAUGUCUGUUGACCCUGAAGCUUCCACCUCACCUAGCACCCCACAACACCCCUACUGGAGCAGGGGAGAAGAUGGGCGUGCCUUGGAACCACACCCGAGUUGGGUAGGGGACUGGGGUCAGCCCUGACUCAGGAAGCACCCCCACACCCAUGCAUUCCCACUCCAACCCUUCUGAGUAAAUAAAGCACAAAGAAACGCA